GCCAUCCUGCGAAAAGGGGCGUGCGAGGGGUGGGGCCGGAACGUGUUUCGCUGGAGCCUCGCCCCUAGCGGACACAGUUACCCGACGCACCGACCAUGGCUGCUGCCGCACUGGGGCAGAUUUGGGCCCGAAAACUUCCUGUCCCUUGGCUUCUGUGUGGUUCCAGAAGAUGUGUCUCCUCCAGCUUCAAGGCUACAGACCUACAUCUGGAAAUGACAAAGGAGCCUCAUAAGAAGCCCAAUCCCAGUGAGCCCCUGGUGUUUGGAAGUACAUUCACCGACCACAUGCUAAUGGUGGAAUGGACCAGGGAUAAGGGCUGGGGCCAGCCCCGAAUCAAGCCAUUCCAGAACCUCACGCUGCACCCGGCCUGUUCAGGCCUCCACUACUCCCUGCAGCUCUUUGAAGGCAUGAAAGCGUUCAAAGGCCAAGACCAGCGGGUGCGUCUCUUCCGACCCUGGCUCAACAUGGACCGCAUGCUGCGCUCAGCCCAGCGUCUCUGCCUCCCGACUUUCGACAAGGCCGAGUUGCUCGAAUGUAUCCGCCGGCUCAUUGAAGUGGACAAAGACUGGGUUCCGGAGGACACCGGCACCAGCCUCUAUGUUAGGCCAGUGUACAUUGGGAAUGAGCCAUCGCUGGGUGUUGGCCUCUCCACACAAGCCCUCCUCUUUGUCAUCCUCUGCCCCGUGGGCUCAUACUUCCCUGGAGACGCUGUGACCCCUGUCUCCCUCCUGGCAGACCCAACCUUCGUGCGGGCCUGGAUAGGUGGGGUUGGCGACUACAAGUUGGGGGGGAACUACGGGCCCACGGUGUUUGUGCAGCAGGAGGCGAAGAAGAGGGGCUGUGAGCAGGUCCUCUGGCUGUGCGGGCCCGACCACCAGCUCACUGAGGUGGGCACCAUGAACAUCUUUGUCUACUGGACCCACGAGGAUGGGGUACUGGAGUUGGUGACUCCCCCACUGGACGGUGUCAUCCUGCCUGGAGUCGUCAGACAGAGUGUGCUGGACCUGGCUCAGAGCUGGGGUGAGUUCCGGGUUGCGCAGCGAAAGGUUACCAUGAAUGAGCUGCUGCGGGCGCUGGAGGAGGGGCGGGUGCGUGAAGUCUUUGGCUCAGGCACGGCUUGCCAGGUUUGCCCGGUGCACAAAAUCCUGUACCAAGGCAAGCAACUUCACAUUCCCACCAUGGAAAACGGGCCUGAGCUUAUCCUCCGCCUCCAGAAGGAGCUGAAGGCAAUUCAGUACGGAACAAGCGCCCAUGAGUGGAUGCUCCCGGUGUGACUCCGCGGGCUGUCCUUCACCACCGUCGGAUGCAGCGACGUGUAGCGUUUGGCUACCGCCAGCCUUUGCCCACUUCCGGCCAAUGACUCACCUGAAGUGCAAUAUGAAAAAAAAGACUCGGUCCCGGGACGCCUGGGUCUCGGGCUCCCCCAUGUGGUUGCUACAUCCCAAAGCCAUAAGGGCCAGGCCCAGGCGUCCUGGCUCCUAGUCCCACCUCUCGGGCCUUGGGGAUUUGGUCCCCCCACUGCACCGUGUCGUGUGGUCAAGACUCCACAUCUCUCCGUUCUCUGGCCAGACUACCUGGUGCUGCCGUUGAUUUUUUUUCUUCUUGCUGCAAUUUUGAAAUAAAAUGCCAAAGAUCAAGACUUUAGCUGUCAUCUCCAGUGAUGCGACUCGGGGACCCCGGAGUCUUAACCAGGAAGCCUUGUCCUCGGCCCGUUUCUUUCUCAGGGACCCAGCAAACCGAGCCCGUGUCCUGGCCAUCUUCCCUCCCCUGGGAGAGGCCUUUCCAUUUCAUCCCAAACUGAAUUUAACAGUUUUCCCCACCUAUCGGCUCCUCCCUCUACUUACCUACCUUGGGAACAGCCGCAUGGUUCAGCCAGUCACCAAACCCUAUUCGUCCUGUCCCCUAAAUGUCUGUCCCCUCAGCUGGAGCUCCAGGUCAGGCCUUGUCUUCCCUUGCCUGGACUCUUUGUUCCAGCCCAUUCCCUGGACUCUGGCUUCCUGUAUGUCUGCUACAUGGCCCCAAAGGGGUCUUUCUACACCCAGACCUCCCCUGCCCCUCCCCUGCUCACUGCCUCCCUAUGGCUCCCCAGCACCCUAGCCAGUACUGCAGAUGAUGGGCCAGAAGGGUGAUGCAUGAUACUGUUGGAGGAGGUGAACAUGAAGAAGUUUCUAAAAUCUAUUAGCUGCCGACAAUCAACCCCAUGCACAAAGGAAAAAAACACAAGCUAGUCCUCUGCCAUUUCCGUGACUGGUUGCAGAGAGGACCAUUGUGAUCCAUAGAGUUUUCAUUGGCUGAUUUUCGGAAGUAGGUCACCAGGCUUUUCUUCCUAGUCUGUCUUAGUCUGGAAGCUCUACUGAACACGAAAACCUCCACUGACAGACAGGUGGUGGGUGUGCAUAAGGUGCACUGGCUAGGAAUCCAACCACAGUCUCCACAUGGAAUUUGAGAAUUCUAUCGCUGAAUUACCUUUGCCUCAUUUCUAAAGUCUGUUGUUGUUGGGUGCUGUCAAGUCGAUUGAGACUCCUAGCCACCCCAUGAGACAGAGUAGAGCUGUCCCAUAGGGUUUUCUAUGGAAACAGAUCUCUGUGACUUUCUCCCAUGAAGCUGCGGAGAGGGUUCGAACCACCAACCUUUUGGCUAGCAGCAAAGUGCUUCACCAUUGUGCCACCAGGGCUCCAUUUCUAAAACCUAGUCCCCGUUUAUUUGUCUCUGUGAUUCUGCAUGUUCUGAUCUUUGCCCUCUC